AUGUCCACCAGUCGCCCCUCCUCGUCGAAGAUGCCUGCCACCUCCACCCCUCCUCCCAAACCCAAGAUCGAGUACCUCAUCUCCAACGUUGACAAGCCCAUCGUCUCCAUUGAUGGCCGCCAGUACUCGACGAAGUCCCUCGCGGACUUAUUCCCCGAGCUCCUUGAGUCUGCCACCUUUGCAGACGACCUCAUCCAGGGAGCGACAUCCAUCUACGUCGCCAAACCCCCACCCAACCAUCUCUCCCUCCUCGACUUCAUAGCGAACAUGCUCCAACUGGGGUACAACACUUACCUCAACCCCCCCACCACCACCCCCCUCCCCUCUGUUUCGUCGCCGGCCCCUGCACCGGCGCCAUCUCCGCCUCGUGUCAGCCCGCCCGCUGACACGAGGCCACCCACGCGUCCCCAGACACCACCCCCCUCUGCCCCACCGCAGCCAACAUGCACCACCCCCAAGAACAAGCACCCGAUCAGGAAGACUUCGCUGGAGUCCUCUGUUGAACCCGGGGGGCGAAGGCCUCUCCCACGGGUGGCAACGACAGCGGAUAGCCUGCAACUCACCUAG